AUGACCUCCCCGGGCGAUUCUGACAGUUCGCUAGCCACCCUGCCGACCGAGGAGCCGCGCAGGGACAGCAACUAUGCCGCCAUCCGGUCUCCUACGCUCAGUCGGCGGCCGACGAACGUGGAGCUCUCGCGCAUGGAGUCGCUAAAGUCGACGCAUAAAUCGACGGUCGGAUCGGCGACGGGGCCGGAUCCGCGCGAGAAAUGGCUCCCUUUUGGUGGAGGGAAGGAUUAUCCUCCGACGCUGCCUGAUCCGGAGAAAUACGUCGUGGAAUUCAGCGAGCAGGAUGACCCCAUGCAUCCGCAUAAUUGGCCGCUACGGACUAAAGUCAUGCUCUCCUGCAUCCUCGCCUACGUCACCUUCGUCUCGUCCUUCGCCAGCGCCAUCUUCUCCUCUACGGUCGGAUCCACCAGCGUCCAGUUCGGCGUGAGCACCGAAGUCUCGACGCUCGGCGUAACGCUAUACGUGCUCGGGUUCGCGACGGGCCCGACCUUCUGGGCCCCUGCGUCAGAGCUCUACGGACGCCGAUGGCCCAUCACGGCCGGGAUCGUCGGGUACAGCAUCUUCACGAUCGGGACGGCCACGGCGAAGGACCUGCAGACGAUUAUGCUGACGCGGUUCUUCGCGGGAGUCUUCGCCGCGGCACCGCUGGCUAUCGUGCCGGCUGCGUUCGCAGAUAUCUACAACAAUCGGUCGCGCGGCGUGGCGAUCGCCAUGUUCGCGAUGGCCGUGUUCGUGGGCCCGUUCGCGUCGCCGUUCACGGGCGGGUUCAUCACGAUGAGCUACCUGGGCUGGCGCUGGACGAUGUACAUCUCGAGUAUCAUGGGGUUCUUGGGGGUUGUCCUGCUGCUGCUGUUCUUUAGGGAGACAUAUCCGCCGGUGGUGUUGCAGGAGAAAGCGGCGAUAUUGCGCCGACAGACGCGCAAUUGGGGCAUCCAUGCAAAGCAGGACGAGGUGGAGAUUGACUUCAAGAAGCUGGUGACGGUGAACUUCAGUCGGCCGUUUCGGAUGCUGUUUACGGAGCCGAUUGUGUUCCUGGUCACUUUGUACAUGUCGUUUAUUUACGGUCUCAUGUACGCGCUGCUCGCUGCGUAUCCCGUCGUGUUUCAGGGCGUCCACGGCAUGAAUCUGGGCGUCGGCAGCUUGCCCUUCAUUGCGCUGAUCAUCGGCGAGUUCCUCGGCGGCGCCUUCACGCUGUUGGGGCAGGGGUCGUAUAAUAAGAAACUGGCGGCCAACAACGAUAUGCCGGUGUCUGAAUGGCGACUUCCGCCGGCCAUCGUGGGCGGGAUCGCCUUUACCGUGGGCCUCUUUUGGUUCGGCUGGACCGGCUUCACCAGCGACAUUCACUGGAUGGCGCCCACCGCGUCGGGCGUAAUGGUGGGAUUCGGCAUCUAUGUGAUCUUCCUGCAAUGUUUCAACUAUCUGAUCGACUCGUAUCUGCAAUUUGCCGCCUCGGUGUUCGCCGCCAACACGAUCCUCCGGUCCGCCGUCGGGGCAUGUUUCCCGCUCUUCUCGCGACAAAUGUUCACGAAUUUGGGGGUGCAGUGGGCAGGCACGCUGCUGGGGUGUUUGGCGGCGAUUAUGAUUCCCAUCCCACUGGGGUUUAUGGUGUGGGGGCCCGCGUUACGGCGGAGGAGCAAGUUCGCGCCGACGGCGGCGGUGUUCGAGGAGAAGUCGGGGUAGAUGCAAGGGAUGAGAGAACUCUUACGAUGUACUCCGUAGCAGAU